AUGAAACAAACAAGUAUCCCGGAACUGUUAGUGGAGUUGGUCAGAGCGGGGAAGGUAGAAGAAGCAGAUCGUUUGUACAACAAGUUCAUUAGAGAUGGGUUGAAUCCUGAGCAUGCCUUCUUGAACAAGCUGAUCAACAUGUUAAGCAAAAUAGGCAGAGUGGAGUUGUUAACAAGGAUGGGGGAGAUGUGGGAAUUUACACCGAGAGUAUAUGCGUACAAUGAAUUGUUUUACUGUCUUUUCGAGUGCAAUGCGCCUGAUUCAGAAGUGAGCUAUGUGUUUGAUGAUAUGAAGGCGGACGGUGUAACUAAAAUAAAACACAAAUAA